GCUUUUUAAUUUUCGGCCCAUAGCGGAAAUUUAGCGGGUUUACUGUUUUUUUUGGUUACCCAUUAAAGAGAGGGAUCUGGGUUUCCUAAAACUUGGAUUUUCGUGCAUGUAAAACAAGUUUUUGCUAUCAUCUGCAUGUGAGGUGCUCAUAACCUUGUCUGCUCAUCUAUGGUUUCUGAAUUCUGGAUAUUGUUGAUAUAGAGCCAAAAGCGUGUUCAAUACUCUGUGGUUUGCGAAAUUUUAUUUCUUUUUAUUUAUAUUAUAAAUAGUAAGAAUGAUAGCAAGAAAUGGGUUGUUAUACCCAAUUCUUGGAUUUGCAACAUGCGUGGCUUUCAUCUACAUGUCUUUUGGUGAACUGGGCGCUAGUUAUCAGAAAGAACCGCAGCUGGGUUUUGUGACGAGAAAUGGGAGUCAGUUCAUGGCGGAUGGUAAAGUGUUAUACGUUAACGGAUGGAACUCUUAUUGGUUAAUGGACCAUGCUGUACAUGAUUACAGCAGACCUAGGGUUAGGGCCAUGCUUGAAGCUGGUGCAAAGAUGGGUUUAACAGUUUGUAGAACAUGGGCCUUUAAUGAUGGAUCCUUCAAUGCCCUUCAAAUUUCCCCUGGUCGAUUUGAUGAAAAAGUUUUCAAGGCACUAGAUCAUGUCAUUGCUGAAGCAAGAAAGCAUGGUGUUAGGCUCCUUCUCAGCUUAGUUAACAACUUGCAAGCCUAUGGAGGAAAGACUCAGUAUGUUAAGUGGGCAUGGCAAGAAGGAAUUGGUUUGAGCUCCUCUAAUGAUUCCUUUUUUUUUGACCCAUCCAUCCGCAUCUAUUUCAGGCAUUAUGUCAAGACUGUUCUGACCAGGAAGAACACUAUAACGGGAAUUGAAUAUCGGAAUGAUCCAACCAUAUUUGGAUGGGAGUUGAUUAAUGAACCCCGUUGCAUGUCUGAUCCUUCAGGCGACACUCUUCAAGACUGGAUAGAUGAAAUGUCAGCAUACGUGAAGUCAAUUGACAAAAGACAUCUUCUGACAGUAGGCCUUGAAGGAUUUUAUGGUCCAAAAAAUCCCAAGCGAUUAACUGUGAACCCAGAAGUGUGGGCAUCGGAGCUUGGAUCCGAUUUUAUUCGCAAUUCUGAGAAGGCAAAUAUUGAUUUUGCCUCUGUUCACAUCUACGCUGAUCAUUGGUUUCAUGAUCUUAAAUUUGGAGACAAUAUGAAAUUUGUCAACCAGUGGAUGCUUUCCCACAUUGAAGAUGGUGACAAGCUACUGAAUAAGCCUGUCCUGUUCACUGAAUUUGGGUUGUCGAACCUGAACAAGGACUUUGAACCAUCUCAGAGAGACGAGCUUUACCAAUUGAUUUUUGAUAUCAUCUACAAUUCUGCAAAGAGAAACAAGUCUGGAGCCGGCACCAUUAUCUGGCAAUUUUUGGUUGAUGGAAUGGAAGAGUAUAAUGAUGAUUUUGGUUUUGUUCCAUGGGAAAAACCAUCCCUUUACAAGCUAGUAACAGAACAGUCUUGCAGAUUGGCCGAAAUCCAUGGACUGAUACAAUACAAUGCAAAUUUAAAAGUACUGUGUGCACAAAGACAGUGAAUGUUUAACACCCUCUACGAGAAAACAUGUAAUUGUAUGAAGAGAGGUGUUGGUUCUCUUGUGGCUUGAUUUAGCAGGGGAGGGAUGAGGGGCUCUGUUUCUGUACUAUAUUUCUUCAAUUACAUACAAAUUAUUUAGUUGAGAUGAGUGAAAUAGAUUUCAUUAUAUAGCUAAGAUUGUUGUAUUACAAGUCUGAAGAAUAAUUUACCGAAAGAUGCUAUAAAUUACAAUAUUAUUUGGA